AUGGCAUGUGAAAGCUCCGAAUAUGGGGGCUACCCCAUUGGGGAUUGGGCAGGCUUGUCUUAUGACAUAUUGACAGGAGAUCUGCUUCAAGCUCUUCAAGACUAUGUUCAGGCAUACCUUGUGGCUGUGCAAGCAAACCCCAUGUAUCAACAACAGCUGCACCUUCCCAAACAUCAGCAAGUUCCUGUCUUGGAUCCUCCAGAUGUCCUGGGGAUUCAAUCGUCUACUUCCACCAGUACUACCGUGAACAUGGAAAACCCUCCCUGCGAUGCACCUGAUCUACUAGAGGACCUAUCACACCUAGCUAUGAGCUCUAGUAUUGUCAUAUCCGUGCAUACCCGACCCCGACCCGACUUCCGGACCUCCACCCUCUUCACCUCCGGAGUCAUAACCUACCGCUGCCGUUCCGAUACUCACCUUCGGUCCUGGCAACACACCUCCUCCUACUACUCCGCUCCCCCUUCACAACACCUCCACCCUCCCGUUAUCCUCCUACGCUUCCCCCGUCCGCUCCGAUACUCACCUUCGGACCUGACUACUCUCCUUUCCGCCACUCUCUCCUCCCUCCAUUACUCCUCCACCACCCUUCCGCCAAGUUACGACCUUCUACCGUUGUUCCGUACUUCGCACUCGGACACCGCUCAUACCUUACUCCGAGCCUCCGUCAUAUCCAUUGCAUUGGUGACCUCAUACUACGUAAACACCAUUGCCAAUAUUCCUCGGACUUCCAACCCCGCCUCCGUAACCUCCGUAAGCUCCGCAACCCCCGAGCUUCGCGGACCGCCUUCGGUGCUCUCGCCGCCUGUAAUCCAGUUAGUCAUCAUCCCCACUUCCCCUCAUCCUCCUGCCCCUCUGGGCCUCGCCCUCUCUACCUCCUUUCGGACGUAUCACAGGUCUUGCCCUAUGACCUUCGGUACCGCUCCGCUCCCUCUACCCUUUGUUCCUGUUCGGACGUCUUCGUUCCGAUUCGUCCGAAAUCGACCUGAAAUGCCCCCAAGAGACUUCCUGCUCACCUACUGUGAAAUUAAGGACCAAAUGGACAAACAGCAAUGGCACAGCGCUCCGCUUGAGUCGCUGAGGCCAAGGUCCCUCCACGCUAAGUCUCCGAUUCCACUCCGGAGUCGUCCGUUUCCGCCCAUUCUAACAAGUAUUUUGAUUGUCGAAAUGGAAACUUCCCCUCGCAAUGCGCCGGAAUUACCUGAAAAUCUGCCUACAACCUUUCCACCGCCACCACCAGAUCCUUGCGGUCCUGAGCCUGAUGUACUUCUAGCACCACCACUCCCUGGAUUCGAUUGUGACCAUGCAGGUGCCAUAUCUCCUUUAAUUGAUGAUGCCCUCCCAAACAGGGAGGAUUCAGAUAAUGGGUCCGGGAUUCUCAGCGAUGACAAGUCAGAUUUCAGUGUCAACCCUUUGCAUCCUCAAUCUGCAUUUUGUGAUGAGAUCAGCUCAGUCCUCCCCCCCCUCUACUUUCUCCCGAAAAUAGUUCCAUAA